AUGGAACCCCCACCGAUGCUUCUGCCGAAAGGCAUCGUCUUCAACCACAAUCGUGUCUACAAGGAGGUCGCCAGUUUUCCAGUAGUUCCACCUGAAAAGAUCAUCGAAUAUUGGCAUGUAUACACGACCACUUUCGGGAAGCUAAAAGAUCCUACUGCCAACCGCCUGGAAAAUUUCUGGUGGCAUGUCAUGGGUAGUGACAGGCGCAUGCUCUCCGGGCAGACACUAGCCAAGAUAUUUGAACAAAUAUCUAAUGGCCCAACAUUCGUGCCGCUCAGGGGCCCACCCAACCGAUAUGAAGGUCCUAUACCAACCAUGGCAAAGAACCUGCUUGAGACGCUGUCUCAGAAUGAUAUUCAAAGGCUCCAACCUGUGAGCAGUGACGGUAGAUCGGACCAGGGGACAGUCAAAGCCAUCCCGUCUUCCUCAUCUAAGCCGCCACCAGCCCAUCCUAUACUGAAGAAACCUAGAGGUCCCUCAUCAUCCGGCCCUCGGCCAACCGCACGCUUUAUUUCACCUGCAGGCUCCGAUGCAGAGGAUGACAAGAAGGAAAGUGAAGCAGACUCAUCGACAAGUACUGCUGGGACAAUGACCUCGCACCUUAAGCCAACCAAUGCUUCAGCUAUGAAAGAUAGACACAAAAAGCCAGUAGGUGGUGUGUCUAAGAAGAAGAUCGUAGCAUCGUCCUCCAAACGUCGUCCAGCAAUACCAAGAAGGCAAAGCUCGCAAUCGUCUGCGACAAGUUCAGAAGUUGGAUCACGGGAGGAACGCGCCUCUUUAACCUCAAGGUAUCCAGUAUCUCAACGAUCUGUGUCGCCAAUCGCCGAAAGGCCCAGCAAAACUGUUGCAACUAAACCUCAGGACGUCGGUGACCGAUUGAGUAUCAAAGCGGCCGGGAAGCGUCCUGCCGUCACAUCAAUGGGUGUAUCGGAGCCGGCAACGUUCCGAGUUCCCGUUAACAACCAAGGACGAUCUGUGAUAGUACAAAACACUCAAUCGCCACAACGAAAGCCACAAGCUCAAGGCAAAGAACCAGUUUAUGAUAACGUUCAAUUUAGAGGAAGGCAAGCUGGUCCGCCACAUGAAAAGAAUGAUGGAGAAGAACAAACUCGUACUGAAGCUGCAACAUCCACUUCGAAUCAUCCCCGCUCAGAUAUUGACAUCGUCAGAGCUACACCACGCGAGUCUAAAGUAGGGCGGCGAGGGCUUCCUCAAGGGCUGACUUCAACGAGCACAGCUACAACUUCGACUGUCGCAGCGCAAGGGACUAUAAUCGAGUUCGAUGAAAAUGCACCGGCGAGGGCUGUCACCAGUGCCAUGCAAGAAGACCUACCAGAAGUUGGACUACAAAGGUCGGGAUCAUCGGUGACUUUGACGCCCACAGUGCCAAGUAAAACACCAAUUGUACCAUUAGGUCGGUCAAAGAGUCAGCUUACAUUGCUUUUGGAACGUCAAGGAGAAAAGAAACCUCGACGCUAA